AUCAUGUCUCGGUUUCUAAAAAAAUAUUCGCAAAAAUGAACCGGUUUACGUCAAUCGUCAACGUUUUAGAUAAACGAGGUUUUGUUAUGUGUAUUUAAAAGGUAUUUAACAAUAACAAACUGUGAAAAAUCUAAAAUUGAGGAAGACAGAUAAUUUUUAUUUUAAAUAACAAACUCAAAUAGAAUUUAGAGACAGUUCAACGAAAACUACUUAUUAUACCAUGUACCUAGUUCAGUGAUAAAUACCAACUGUAACUGUUACAGAAUAGAGUUCAGUGAUAAAUACGGACCCGGUUUGAAAUAAUCAAUAUUAAUAGCUCUUAAGGUAAAGGACACGAAUACGUUGAAAUAAGAAGAAAAUUGAGGUUACGAUGUAUUUGCAAAGCAAAACAUAACCAAACAUUUUAGUCAAUAUAGCACAUGAGAAAUGAGGAUAUGUAUAAUAUGAAAGUGGAAUCAAAUAGAAUAUUCAUUAGCAAUUUGCCUGAGACUACAACUCAAGAAGAACUUCAGAAGGCUUUCAGUGAAUAUGGAGAAGUUAGACAUAUCGAUAUAAAGGAAAGAAAAGAAUUAGGAAAAAACACUUCUUUAUUUUUUUCAUAUGUUACAAUUGAUACAGAUGCUAAAACUUUGCAAACCUGCUUUAAAGAUUUUUGUAAUGGAAAAUGGCUAGGCCAGUAUGUUAUGCUGCAAGUUGCAAGAGAAAGCUUCCUAGAUCGAUUAAAAAGAGAAAGAGAAAAUGAAAAUACACCUAAGGCCGAACAUUUAUCAAACAAUUUUAUUCCUCUAGUAGAAGAGAAACAAAAACUAAAUAAUAAUGGCAUUGUCAAAGUUGUUUCUAAAAAAUAUGAUAGUAACAGCAGCAGCAGUAGUAGUAGUAGUUCUUCAGAAAGUGAAGUAGAAAAGAAAGAUAGAGUGAGCUUAAAAAAAUUAAAACAAACAGAAAAUAAUUUUACAGAAAUACCUGUACAACAUGAUCCAGAUUUUGUUAUUAAAAACAAUAGAGGUAAACAUAGUACAUCAAAAGUUCUUAAAAUAGAGUCAGUUGGUAAGGAACCCAUAAUUACAAUAGACAAAACAAAGAAAAAAGUUCCCAUAAAUAACUCUGAGGCCAAUCUUAGACGAUUAGAAUCACUUAAAAAUUUAAAACAAGGUUACCAAAACCAGAAGUCAUUGAUUCAAGCUGCAUUGGCCAAUGUUGACUUGACUCCAAAAAAUAAAAUCACUUUUACUAAUACUAAAGAGACUACUCAUCAAAAAGGGAAAGCUACAAAUGAUAAAAAUAGACUUUUUAAUGAAAGUGAUUCAGAAGAAGAAUUUGAACCAACCUUUUCUGUAAAAGAUCAUUUUCAGGGCAAAAAAGGUCAAAAGCUACUGGAAUUACAAUCAAAAUAUAAAAAUGAUAAGCGGUUUACUCUAAAUGAAAAAUUUUUGGAUGACAAUAUAACAGAAUGUCAAGAAAAUCUUAUUAGCCAAGAAAAUAUUGAUGAUAUCUCACUUGAGGAAGAAAAAAAGAAAGAAUAUGAAAUUCUUGAGGAAGUGUUAGGAAAGAAAAUCAUUCCUAAAGAAGAUAGACAGGCUCCUAGUAAGAAAAAAAUGUUACGUUUUGACCCCUCACAACCAGAACAUACAAAAUAUGAAAUUCCUAAAGUGGCUUCAGAAAGAAAAGAAAAACGAAAACGGAAAAACUCUGACACUGAAAUAAUGACUGAAAAAAGACAAGAAGAAAAAAUUGCACCUGAAGUUUCUAAAGAAGUAUUUUUCAGUGUUUCUGAUAAUUUGAAACAAACUUUUGAAGAAAAAAAAGAAUUUAGUUUGCUUAGUAUGUUUGGUCAAUAUAAUGAUGAAGAAGAAAGACCAGAAGAAAUGGAAAUAGUUGAAGGAAGUACCAAAAUAUCCAGUAAAGGUUUCCAUAAAGAAAAAAAUCCAUUUAAGUAUGAUUCAUCUGAUGACGAAGAUGAGACAGAGGAUAUAACUCAUCAAAAACAAGUUUCUGAGAGCAUCCAGAAAAAUGCGGAGAUUUCUACAAGGAAAUGUGAUUUCAGAAAACCGACUUCUUGGACAGAUCCAUUCUUUUUUAAACUUGAUGAUUACAGAUUACAAGAGGGUUUCGACUUUGUUGAAAAAAUGAGAUUGGACGAGAAAACGGAAUUUACUAAAUUAAGAAGGGACUUGAAAGAAAUUGUGAAAGCGAAAGUGAGAAAUAACUUAAGAAAAAAUAAACCAUUUAAGAAAAAACUAGGAGGAAACAGAAAGAAGAAAGUUCUUAGAAUGAAGAAAGCUAUGAAACGAUGACAAUAAAAUUUUGUUCAUUUUU